AUGGUUGUUAGGCGUUCAAUUUUCGACGAUCACAGGCUCUUUGUAGGAAACCUCGUUGAUUCGGUGACAACACAAGAUCUAGAUUCGUUGUUUUCAAAGUACGGGAAAGUGACUAAUGUUUGGGUUGCCAGAAACCCGCCAGGAUUUGGAUUUGUUGUAUGUUAUAAUCUAUUUCACCUUUCUCAGACUUUUGAUGACCCCAGGGAUGCUAAAGAUGCCCUCAUUGAACUCAAUGGAAAAGACUUACAUGGCAACUCGUAUCCCACUACCUACCACUAUAUUGUUAUUAGCGUAGAAGUAGAAGCAGAUCGCAUAGUCGUGAGAGAAGAAUCCGUUCGAGAAGUCCAAGUUACAGAAAAGUUCGAUCCAGAAGUUAAAUCAAAGAAUUUGAUUAAAAUCACUUACAACUCCUCACACCACUUAUUCUCUUCUCUAAUCUAA